AUGACACCACCAUCUGAUACCACAUUUGAGGUUACAUCGCCAGUUGAUAUUACAUCACAAUUCGGUGCUACAUACCCAGCUGAUAUAACACCACCAGCUGAUAUUACAUCACCAACUGAUAUUACAUCACCAGUUGAUACUACACCGAAGGCUAAUAUUACAUCACCAGCUGAUGUUAGAUCACAUGCUGAUAUUACAUUACCAACUGAUACCACACCACUAGCUGAUAUUUCAUCAACAGUUGAUACUACUCACCAAGGUGAUAGUACACCAGCGAUUAGUACUACACCCCAAACUGAUGUUAUAUCACAAGCUGAUAAUACACCAUCAUCUGAUACCACGUGGCAAGCUGAUACUGCUCCAACAGCUUAUACAUCACCCGCUGAUAUUACAUUACAAGAUGAUACUACACCACAUGCUGAUACUACAUCACCAGUUGAUACUACAUCACCAGUGGAUACUACAUCGCCAUCUAAUAUGACAUCUCCAGCAGAUACUACAUCACCGGUUGCUAUUACAUUAAUACCCGAUAUUACAUCACAAACUGCGAUUACACCAGCAGCUGAUAUUAUAUCACAAGUCGGUACUACACAUCCAACUGACAUAACAAAACAAGCUGAUAUUACACCACCAUCUGAUACCACAUGGCAAGCUGAUACAGCAUCACCAGCUGAUACUGCUCCACCAGCUGAUAUUACACCACAACUUGAUACCACAACACCAGCCGAUAUUACAUCACCAGUUGAUACCACACCAGUACCUAAUAUUACAUCACCAGUCGAUAUUACAUCACCAUCAGAUGUUACAUCACCAUCACCAGUUGGAACUACACCACGAGCUGAUAGUACAUUACCACCGAAUAUUACAUCAACAGAUUCCUCAUCACAAACUGAUUUUACGUUACUGGCUGAUAUUACAUCACCAGUUGAUAUUACUUCACCAGUUGAUACUAUUUCACCAGUUAAAAUUACAUCAUCUGUUGAUACUACAUCAAGACCUCAUACGACAGUGCAAGCUGAUAUUACGUCAGCAGUUGGUAUCACAUCAUUGCCUGAUAUUACAACACACGUUGAUACAACACCUGCAGCUGAUAUUACAUCACAAGCUGAUAUUACAUCACCAGUUGAUACUACAUCAGCGACAGAUAUUACAUCACCGUCUGAUAUUACAUUACCAUCUGAUACUACAUCACCAGUUGAUACUACAACACAUGCUGAUUUUACAUCACGAGAUGAUACUACAUCACAAGCUGAUAUUACACCUUAUGUCGAUAUUACAUCAGAAGCUGAUAUUACAUCAUCAGUUUAUACUAUAACACCAGCUGAUAUUACAAUACAGCCCGGUAUUGAUAUUACAUCACCAGUUGAUACUAUAUCACAAGUUGGUGCUACAUCACAAACUGAUAUUACAUCAAAAGUUGAUACUACGCCACUACCUGAUAUUACAUCACCAGUUGAUACUAUGUCACAAGUUGAUGCUACAUCACAAACCGAUAUUACAUCACCAGUUGAUACUACACCACUACCUGAUAUUACAACACCAAUUGAUAGUACACCACUACCUGGUACUACACCACUACCUGAUAUUACAUCACCCACUAAUAUUUCAUCACCAGUUCACAGUACGUCAGAAGUUGAUGCCACAUCAAAAACAGAUAUUACGUCACAAGCUGAUAUUACAUCACCAGUUGAUAUUACACAACUACCUGAUAUUACACAACUACCUGAUAUUACAUCAAAUGGAGAUCUUAUAUCACAAGCUGAUAUUACACCAUCAUCUGAUACCACAUGGCAAGCUGAUACUGCCCCAACAGCCUAUACAUCACAAGCUGAUAUUACAUUACAAGAUGAUACUGCACAACAUACUGAUACUAUAUCACAAGUUGAUACUACAUCAUCAUCAGAUAUUACAUCAGCACAUGCUGAUAUUAUAUCACCAGCUGAUGUUACUUCAACAGUUGAUAUUACAUUACCUAAUGAUAUUACAUCACAACCUGAUAUUAUGUCACAACCUGAUAUUACGUCACAAACUGAUACUGUAUCACAAGCUGAUAUGACACCACCAUCUGAUACCACAUUUGAGGUUACAUCGCCAGUUGAUAUUACAUCACAAGUCGGUGGUACAUACCCAGCUGAUAUAACACCACCAGCUGAUAUUACAUCACCAACUGAUAUUACAUCACCAGUUGAUACUACACCGAAGGCUAAUAUUACAUCACCAGCUGAUGUUAGAUCACAAGCUGAUAUUACAUUACCAACUGAUACCACACCACUAGCUGAUAUUUCAUCAACAGUUGAUACUACUCACCAAGGUGAUAGUACACCAGCGAUUAGUACUACACCCCAAACUGAUGUUAUAUCACAAGCUGAUAAUACAUCAUCAUCUGAUACCACGUGGCAAGCUGAUACUGCUCCAACAGCUUAUACAUCACACGCUGAUAUUACAUUACAAGAUGAUACUACACCACAUGCUGAUACUACAUCACCAGUUGAUACUACAUCACCAGUGGAUACUACAUCGCCAUCUAAUAUGACAUCUCUAGCAGAUACUACAUCACCGGUUGCUAUUACAUUAAUACCUGAUAUUACAUCACAAACUGCGAUUACACCAGCAGCUGAUAUUAUAUCACAAGCUGAUAUUACAUCACAAACUGAUACUACAUCACCUUCUGAUACUACAUUACCAGCUGAUACAACAUCACCAGCUGACACAACAUCACCAACUGAUACUACACAACAAGCUGAUACUACACAACAAGCUGAUGUUACAUCACAGGCUGCUGAUAUUACAUCACAAACUGAUACUAAACCACCAGCUGAUAUUACACCACCAUCUGAUACUACACCACGAACUAAUACUACAUCACAGGCUGAUAUUAUAUCACAGGAUGGUAUUACAUUACCAGUUGACAUUACAUCACUUGCUGAUAAUACACCACAAUCCGGUACUACACCUGCAACUGAUAGUAUACCACAAGCUUAUACUACACCAGAACCUGAUAUUACACCUCAUGUUAAUAUUACAUUUACGGCUGAUAUUACAUCACAAACUGAUACUACACCACCCGCUGAUAUUACAUCACAAACUGAUUCUACACCACCCGCUGAUAUUGCACCGCCAUCUGAUACUACAUUGCCAGCUGUUACAACAUCACAAGCUUAUACUACACAAGCAGCUGAUACUACACAACAAGCUGAUAUUACAUCACUAGCUGAUAUUACAUCACUAGCUGAUAUUACAUCACUUGCUGAUAUUACAACACACGCCGGUUCUACAGCUCCAACUGAUAUUACAUCACACGCUUAUACUACACCAGCAGCUGAUACUACAUCACAAGCUGAUAUUACACCCCAUGCCGAUAUUACGUCACAAGCUGAUAUUACAUCACAAACUGAUACUAAACCACCAGCUGAUAUUAGACCACCAUCUGAUACCACAUCACCAGCUGACACUAUACCACUAGCUGAUAUUACAUCACCGGUUGAUAUUACACCACCAGCUGAUACAACAUCACCAGCUGAUACUACACAACACGCUGAUACCACAAAACAAGCUGAUACAACAUUACCAGCUGAUAUCACAUCGCCAGAUGACACUACACCACAAGCUGAAACUAUACCACCAUCUGAUAUUACACCACCAUCUGAUACCACAUCACCAGCUGACACUACACCACAAGUUGAUAUUACAUCACCGGUUGUUAUUACACCACCAGCUGAUAUUACAUCAACAGCUGAUAUUACAUCAACAGCUGAUAUUACAUCAACAGCUGAUAUUACAUCAACAGCUGAUAUUACAUCAACAGCUGAUAUUACAUCACCAUCUGAUAUUACAUCACAAGAUACACCGUCCACUGAUACAAUGAAAUUAUCUGGCGUAACGACUGCAUCUGACGUAACUUCAUCUGACACAAAGACUGCAUCUGGUGCAACGACGUCAUCUGACGCAAUGACAUCAUCUGAUGCAACUACAUCAUCUGACACAACGACAUCAUAUGACGUAACGACAUCAUAUGACGUAACAACAUCAUAUGACGUAACAUCAUCUGACAUAACGACAUUAACAGAUGCAACAACAUCAUCUGAUACAACGACGUCAACUGACACAAAAACGUCAUCUGGCGCAACGACGUCCACUGGCGCCACGACGUCAUUUGAUAAAACGACAUCAUCUGAUGCAACAACAUCUUCUGAAACAACGACAGCAUCUGACGUAACGACAUUUUCUGAAGUAAAGACAUCAACUGAUGUAACAACACCCUCUGAUACAACUGCAUCAUCUGAUAUCACGAAAUUAUUUGAUACAACGACGUCAUCUGAUAAAACAACAUCUACAGAUAAUACAACAUCGGCAUAUACUACAUCUACAGAUGUAACAUCUACAGAUGCAACAUCUACAGAUAAAACAUCUACAGAUAAAACAUCAUAUACAGAUGAAACAUCAUAUACAGACGAAACAUCAUCACAUACAAAUAAAACCACAUCUACAGAUACCACAAUAUCUACGGAUGAAACCACAUAUACGGAUAAUACAACAUCUACCGAUAAAACCACAUCUGAUGAUAAAACAACUUCUCCAAAUGCUACAUCUACAGAUACUGCAACAUCUACAGAUAAAACCACAUCUCCGGAUAAAACCAAGUCUACAGAUAAAACCACAUCUGAUGAUAAAACAACAUCCACAGAUACUAUAGCAUCUACAGAUACUACAACAUCUACAGAUAUUACAACAUCUACAGAUGGAACAUAUACAGAUAAAACCACAUCUGCGGAUGGAAUUACAUCUACGGAUGAAACAUAUACAGAUAAAACCACAUCUGCGGAUGCACCAAAAUCUAAAGAUACUAAAACGUCUACCGAUGAAACCACAGAUACUGCAACAUCUACGUAUACUACAACAUCUACAGAUACAACAACCACAACGUCUACAGAUACCAGAUCUACAGAUAAAACCACAUUUACAGAUACUACAUCUCCAGAUACUACAAUACCUACAGAUAAAACCACAUCUAAAGAUAAAACCACAUCUCCAGAUACUACAACAUCUAAUGAAACCACGUCUACAGAUGAAUCCAUAUCUACAGAAGAAACUACAUCUACAGUUACUACAACAUCUACAGAUAUCACAUCUACAGAUAAAGCCUUAUCUAAAGAUGAAACCACACUUACAUAUGAAACUCCACCCACAGAUACUACAACAUCUUUAGAUACUACAAUAUCUACAGAUAAAACCAUAUCUACAGAUAAAACCAUAUCUACAAAUAAAAUCACAUCUACAGAUGAAAUUAAAUCUACAGAUACUACAACCACCUAUGACAAGGAUACAAGUACUGGAUUUACCACACCAAGUUCUGAUAUUACGGAUAUACCAGAUUUGAGUUCUGGAUUUACCAUACCAAGUACUGAUAUUACGGAUAUACCAGAUUUGAGUUCACCAAGUGUAACGUGUUGA